UCCAAUACUAUAGCACAAGUGGACUACUAUGUAUCCUACGCACUUUCAGACGUUACCCCGAUGUGUUGCAAUAUUCACUAAAAGUGGUUACGAUAACAGGUAGAAUAAUGGAAGGUGUAAGGUGUUAAGGAAUUUGAAAAUGACAAGGUUUAUCAAGAAGUUUGCGUCUAAACUUUUGCAGAUCAUGUUCGUUUUGUACAGGUGGUUAUGGAAUUUGCUUCUUCUGAUGAUGAUCCUUCUUAGCCCCCUUGCCAUUAUUACUACCUGUUUAAUCGUAUAUGUCAAGUCGCGUAUUACACGAGAUAAACGCAAGAAGUUUCCACAGCUAUGGCAGGCAACAGAGGAUGGAAUGCAGCCAGUCGUGGUUGCUUUCUUUCAUCCGUACUGCAAUGCAGGAGGGGGCGGGGAGAGGGUGCUCUGGUGCGCCAUCCAAUCAUUGCAGAGAAGAUAUUCCUUUGUACGAUGUGUAAUAUACACGGGUGAUCAAAAUGUAACCGGUGACGAGAUUGUAUCGAAAGCGAAGGAGCGCUUCAACAUUACUGUCGAAAAACCAGUGGAGUUUGUGUUCCUAAAUAAACGUAACCUAGUGGAGGCGAGUACGUACCCUUACUUCACAUUGCUUGGACAAAGUCUGGGCUCUGUUGCACUCGGCCUAGAAGCAUUGCAGAAGCUUACACCAGACGUAUUUAUCGAUUCCAUGGGUUAUGCUUUUACUAUCCCGCUUUUUAAAUACAUUGGAAGUUGUCGGACAGGGUCGUACGUGCAUUAUCCAACUAUUAGCACUGAUAUGCUAAACCGGGUCGCAGAGAGAAAAGCGGCUCACAAUAAUCCAAGUUUCGUUGCAAGAAACCCGGUACUAAGCCGCUUAAAAAUAAUCUAUUACCGCCUCUUUGCAUAUGUUUACGGUGUGAUGGGUGCACGGAAUGAAGUGAUAAUGGUUAAUUCUUCGUGGACAGAGGGUCAUAUAUUAGAUAUCUGGCGAUGUCCACAGACAACCAGCAUUGUGUUUCCUCCUUGCGACACAUCAGCUUUUCUGGAAAUUCCAUUACGCAAUGAUGCACCAUGUGAGCACAGCAUUGUCUCAAUUGCGCAAUUUAGACCCGAAAAGGAUCAUCAAUUACAAAUCCGAGCAUUCCAUGAGUUACUUCAAAUUUACUCAAAUGAUGCGUACCGUAACCUUCGUCUGGUUCUCGUGGGUAGCUGUAGAAACAGUAAGGAUAUGGAAAGAGUAGAUGAACUCCGUGAAUUGUGUGAGAAAUUGAACAUACGAGGGAACGUGGAAUUUAAGCUCAACGUGAGUUUCGGUGAGCUUAAACAGCACUUAGCAGAAGCUACUAUUGGACUUCACACAAUGUGGAAUGAGCACUUUGGAAUUGGUGUCGUUGAAUGCAUGGCGGCCGGUACCAUCAUACUCGCACACAAUUCUGGUGGCCCGAAGAAAGAUAUCGUCGUCAGAUAUAAAGGCCAACCAACUGGAUUUCUGGCUAGUGAUGUCAAUAGUUACGCUGAAACCAUGGCAACCAUCUUACAACUUAAACCAGCUGAUCGGUUGAAGAUUCGUCGAAAUGCUAGAGAGUCCAUUAAACGCUUUUCUGAAGAGGCUUUUGAGGAGAAAUUUUUAAUUGCAACAGAAAUUUUGUUUCGCUGAUAGUAGUUUCUGAAAUUAUACUACAAUUUGGACAAAGCUGAAAAUAAUUUAAAAGUAUUUUUAAUAAAUUUACAUUCCAUACACCAGGGCCAGAUCCCGAGAAACAUUGGAGUAGGGAUCAUGCGAUAUAUGAAGCACCGAAGCGGGGAGGGGUUACAUUUUCGUUUAGAAGUGCUUGACCAUAGGUUGGGGGUGGGGAGGUUGUCAUAGCCCUGGUUUCCCCCCCCCCCUUCUGUACACAGUACUAAAGGCUAUUGUAUAUGAAAAAACGAAUAAUCAAAAUUCAAAAUAAAAAUUUUUAAAGAUCUUUUCAAAUAUUGAGAUAUUAUUAGCCACAUGCAUAACAAAUAAAGGUUGUAGCUAUUGUUACACCAGUUUUUAAAAAAUACCUACAGGUUACCCACAAUAUGGUCACAUGACCCUACUUAACAAGAGAGUCAUUCCAGAAGAAUUGUACAUGCGAAACAGAAACAGAAACACAAGACGGAGGAGAAAGUAUCUUAUUUUUGGAAAUUUCAAUUCAGCGGCGGCAUAAUAAAAAUGAAGAAAAACUGAAAUUUCCAUUUUUCGUGGUGGGGUGGUGCUAAUUGGCAGGCCAAAAAUAAAAUUUUAUUUUUAUUUGAAAUCAUAAUUUUUGGUCGGGAGGUGGGUUCGCUAAACAAGGUAUAGAAAGAUGGUAAUGAACCAAAUUACAAUUCAUUUGUCUGUAUUCAUUAUACUUGCUUAUUAAAAAAUAAAAACAUCCUGAUCUAUUAAUUCUUCUGAUUGACUUAUAAGUAUG